ACUGCUUUGUGUGUCAGAAUAAAUUUGUGGUGGUGAGGACUUCUGUGAGGAGGGCUGGUGUCACUGGCCUCCUCUAGCCCUGAAGAGAGUCAGUGGGUCAGGUUGGAAGACAUUGGGCUUUUUGGCUGAGAAGAAGGGGGAGAGUUUGGUAAUGCUGGAUAUUGACUGGGCCAGAAGCAGUUAAUUGUGGCUGUACUGGGAUUUGUGCAUAACGUGAGGGUGAUUUCGACUGCUUUCAGCCCGGCCCUGCAGUUGUGCUGGCACAGCCUAAAGCUGCCUUUUUCUUGCUCUUUAAUGCCAGAUUGCUUCAGCAUGCAGUUUAGGAAUAAUGUUUCCAACAUGUCUGUGCAGUCGCUGCUUUGUGAAAGAAUUGCUCUUGCCAAAGAAUUGAUCAAGAGAGCAGAAGCCCUUUCCAGGUCCCAGAAAAGGAGAAUAGAAGGUGGGGCAAAACUGUGCAGCAAACUGAAGGCUGAGCUAAACUUCUUACACAAGGUAGAAGCAGGGAAGGUGGCCAUUAAAGAAUCCCAUCUGCAAAGUACAAACCUUACCCAUCUCCAGGCCGUUAUUCAGUCAGCGGAGAACCUGGAGGAUGUUGUCAGUGUCCUCCAUGUCUUUGCUUAUGAGGACAGGUUUGGAGACAAGCAGACGCUCGUGGUGGAUGUUGUUGCAAAUGGAGGUCACACAUGGGUGAAGGCCAUCGGCCGUAAGGCUGAGGCUCUGCAUAACAUCUGGCUGGGGAGAGGCCAGUAUGGUGACAAAAGCAUCAUUGAGCAGGCAGAGGACUUCUUGCAAGCAAGCCAUCAGCAGCCAGUGGAGUACAGCAAUCCCCACAUAAUCUUUGCCUUCUACAACAGUGUGUCAAGUCCUAUGGCAGAGCGGCUCAAGGAGAUGGGAAUAUCUGUGCGAGGAGACAUUGUAGCUGUGAACUCACUGGCAGAGCCAUCCACAGAAAACCAGCACCUUAGCACCAGUGAAUCGGAUGAAGAAGGCCCUGAACUCCUACAGGUGACCAGAGUAGACCGGGAGAAUUUAGUGGCCAGAGUUGCUUUUCCUACCCAGAUUAAAGUAAACAUGUGCAAUAGAGUUAACUUGGACAUCACUACCUUAAUAACCUACGUCUCUGCUCUGAGCUAUGGUGGCUGCAACUUCAUCUUCAAAGAGAAAGUGUUAACAGAGCAAGCAGCUCAGGAAAGGAGGGAGAGAGUCCUGCCUCAGCUGGAGGAGUUCAUGGAGGGGAAGGAGCUCUUUGCCUGUGAGUCUGCUGUCAGAGAUUUUCAGUCCAUCUUGGAAACGCUGGGAGGACCUGGGGAGAAAGAACGAGCUGCGAUGCUUGUGAAAAGAAUUCAAGUGGUGCGAGAUCAGCCAUCUGACCGUGCCUUAGGACUAGUGGCUAGUUCAAAAAUCAACAGCCGUUCUCUAACCAUUUUUGGGACAGGAGACAGUUUAAAAGCCAUCACCAUGACUGCAAAUAGGGGUUUUGUGAGGGCAGCAGCUAACCAAGGUGUCAGGUUCAGUGUUUUUGUCCAUCAGCCACGGGCAUUGACAGAAAGCAAGGAAUCUGUUGCCACACCUUUACCAAAGAGCUGCCCACCUGGUAAUGGACUAUAAGUCAUUGAAUGAGUCAUUGGAAUGCUGCAGGGGAGGCAUUUGGGGAAACAAGAAUCCUAGCAAUGCAUUUUUGGGUGUGCAUCAGUGAAAGCAGUGACUGUAGCAAUGGAAGGGCCCCUCAAGGAAUUUUCAGUAUCCUUACUCAGCCCUGGGGGGAUAUUUUGUUCAGCUGACCAUUAAUUUAUUCACUAAGGUACUAAGAUUUCAGUGAAAAUUGUUAACUGGUUUAUAGCAUGUUUUAUCCAUCCCUAUUAAAAAGUUCAGUUAAAGCACAGUUGUUGUGCCCUUGUCAAUUUUGUCCUCUUCAGGGAGAUUAAAUUCAGCACCUUAGAUGGACUUCAGACUUGGCUUCUGUGGAACUUAAAUCUUUCAUUCAUCUGACUAAAUUCGUUGUUGAUUCGGGGGUACUUUGUGUACAGAAUUAUGCCUUUUUUGGGUGUAUGUUGUUUCAUGAAUUCAUGACUAGUGUCUGCAAAUAGAAACCAACUUAAUUCUUCCUUUCCUGAAAGGAACCUCUGCAUGUGUACCAUGUUAGACUGAAUUGGGCAGCAGCUUUAAAAUUCCCUUAAAAAUCAGUUGAAAUUGGAGUUUAUUGGCACUAAUAUGUUGUGACUCUUGGGCUGAACUGGACAUCCAGUGGUAACAGAUCAAGGAGGCAAAUCCAAUUCCCUUUUCUCUUGGCCUUUGCCAAAUACAGAGUCUUGCUGGGUGCAAAACUCAGCCUGAGGCUUUGAGAUAGCAGAAUGCUCCUAAAUUGAGCCAGCACCCAGGUGGGUUCUAAUACUAAUGAGCUCCCUGCUGAGGACUCAUGGUGAGCUCAAAUUCUACUUUGUUAUUUGAGGUUUACCUGAACCAAAGCCUCACUGAGGUCCUUCAGUGUUGGUGUGGCAGAGGAGGAGGUUUCUGGGACAUGUUGUUAAACGCUAGUUUGCUCUGUAGUAGGGAGAAGCUUUUUCACUGGUGUUUUUUGCUGGCUUUACUCAAAAGUGUAGACUAAACAAUUCCUUAUUUGACUUUUUUUUUUUUCAGGAGAGAAUUGCAUUUUGAGAAGUCUUUCUAAUGUGUUUCUGUAUGCAGUAAUGACAGGAGUUGCUGUUUGGUAUGAAAUUGCAUCAGGUUCCUAGCGGAAAAUAUUGAGAUGCCAGAGUGAAUUCUUGGUCCCAGUCUAUACAUUUUAUCAGUAAGAAUGCCAGGCCAGGAGUGCUGCAGUUGAUGCCAGGCAGUGGAAAGUACUUGGCUAUUAUAUGAGAAAUAAAUAGCAGAUCAACCAGAAUCAGUGCCAGCAGUGCUGAAAGGGUUGUCAUCUUCUUCAGCAUGGCUGCCUAAACACUACGUUAAGCAUGAGCGUUUGGAGUGAAGCUUGAAGUACACAGCAGACAGAAAGCCCUGGCUAUUUAAAGGCAAGCUCAUGCCUCAGCGCACCUUCUUGAGAAGAACAGGUUGCGAAAACAGCAUCCAAAUUACAUUCUCAGAAUGAAUUUAGGGCCUACCUCUCGGGGACUGUAAUCAGUCAGUUCCUGCCCCUUGCUACAGGGUGAGAUAACCUUUACCUCAAGCAGUAAAGGACAUUUGGGGGCAGAGAGGUGGGGAAGUGGUGGCCCCAGACUAUGGUAGCAUAGAUAGUAGUGUCAUUGAGUGCCUCGGGCAAUGCUGGUUGCUCAGGGCAAUUGAUCCUGUUGGUUUUGAAUAUGGACCUUCAAAAAUCCUUUGAUACGACACUUGACAGAUUGAACAUGCCUCGCAGUAAUAGGUGAAAGGUGAUGUGUGACUAAAAACUAUGCAGCUGGCUUCUGUGUUGUAAGGAAAUAACAACAGUGUGAAAGAGCUGGGAUGUUUUGGUCUGAGGCUGGAUGAGCAUUUUGUUGGGAAGCCUUCCUUUGUCACUGUUGGAAACUUGUGUGCUUGUGCAUGCGUGUAUCCAGCCUGUGACAGGCAGUAUCUCAGCCCCAAAGUGAUGGAUGCAUUUGAAAGGCUUGGACAGAGCCGGAUAAAUCCUCCAGAGAGGAGCCAGCUGCUUUGUGUGGCUUAAUCAGCAAAGCACAAUCCUUGUUCCAAGGACCAUUUCUGAUGCAGAAAAGAUGCUCUGUUUGCAUGGAUACAGCCCCCCAUGACCUUCCCCAUCACCACUAACCAGGGAACUGAACCAUGGCAAGAGACUCUCAGGUUGUGGCAAAUGUAACUGGCUUAGUUAGGUUUUGGGGUCUGCCAGGGGAGCAGUGGGCCUCAGGUCUGUGUGUUCAACUCUGUGAUGAAAACAGAACUGUGGGCCUGGUUCUGUAUGUUACGUUCAUAUGAUUGAGUGCUGUAAUUACUGUAAGUAGCAAUCCUGCAAUAAUUAGCAGAAUUGGGUUAAUGUCAAGUCAACGUAAAGGAAUUCAGAAUCUGGCUCUCAGGAUUCCUCCCCCCACCCCGUUUCCCUGAUUUCACUUGUUUAAUAUUGCAUCAACUGAGUUUUUCAGUGUAGUGUUUCUUUCAAGUUGCUUUUACCUCUAGGGUUUGCCUGAGGCAUUAUUCCUCUAAUCAAGCUUCUUAUGUUGCAACAGAAGGGGUUUCUUUUUUUCUUGAGGUGAAAAAGAAACACUGAUGUCCACAAACACCUACAGAUACGUGGCUGCUGCAGAGGGUUUCUCCUGUGUUACCAGUUUCAAUUGAAGGUUGAUGUGUAACAUCUUUUCUGUUUUUUCAAAUGUGAAUGGAAGAAUUUGCCGCUCACUCACUUGUAAGAGGUAACAGCACGAUGCACGGAUGUUCUACAUGACCUUGAGAGAGCUGGAUGGGGCUGAUUCUGCACUGGAAGUCAAUGGACCGUAUUCAACAAAGACAUGAGGACUGAAACUGCAUCUUUCCCGUGCCUCCUGUCUCUUCACUUGUUACAAGAGGCUAACAGUGUGCUCCUUCCUCCUUGGGGUGCAGCAAAGAUAAAUCACAUGGUAUUUGCAAUGAUUCUGCUAUCAGGAAGUGUGGGCUGCUUCUGCUUGAAUCUGUGGAGACUCCUAAGAGCGAAGUCUUUCCUCUGCUUGUGGAUUACCCAGCAGAGGGCAACAUCACUCUCGCGCAUGAAAACUGCAUUCCCUGCUUGAGCCAAAACCUGCCAAACACAAGAGGAAUCUUUUCCUUAGCCUUUAUAGCUCUUUAUAAAUGCAGAUUUUUACUGUUUUUCAGUAUUAGCCUUGCAAUGAAACGGCAGUGUGUGAGCACUCCCAUGGCACUGUUAGCAGCUAGCCUUAGGAAAAAAGCUUCAAAACCUUCCAGUGCUGGCCAGAAACACAACAGUCAUUUUUAUUUUGUUAGUGGUUGAUACAGUGCUAAUAUCCAUAACAGCAGUGACUGUGUGGUGCUUUGAAUGCUGUAUGGCUUUGGUUAACUUUUAUCAUUCUUAUCUAUUUAUUUCAUAGUUGACCUAAGGGUGUUUGAGGUGCAUGUCCCAGGACCUGGAAAAGAAAGAGAUCAGGUGGAUCCUCACCUCAUGGAAGUCAAUGGCAGCAAUUUUCUUUUGUUUUCAUGGGAUCAGAACUGCGCCUGAUCCUUCCCUUGAAGCCCAUAGCUGUCAAGGUCCUUCUGGACAGACCCAUAUUGUGGUGCUUAAGCUCUUGCCCUUGUCUUAUGGAUGGACCCUGGAACUGGCCGAUGACUUUGCCUCAUCUGAGGCUGUUGAUGGUAUUCAUUGCUAUGACCACCUGGCUCUGCCCCAUGGUCAGGCCCUGCAGGACUGCAUCCUGUCAGUGAAGGCAUAGCUUGUGCUGGGUCAUCUGUGGGUCAUGGCACAGCCCUGUGCCUGCUGCUGCCUGACACUGCUCCUGCAGAGACUGAAUUUAUGCCCUGUGAGAAAUCCCCAAGGAGAAAUUCAGAUCAAACCAUUUAGAGCGAUCGAAGUGAACAAGGGGGUUAUAAUAAAUCUUUGCAGGAUCACAGGUCUCUAAUGCCAAAAUGUGCAAUCCUGGAAACAGAAACAGUUGUAUGCAGCUUAACUGAGUGGUAAUGCAGCUCUUACACCCACAGGAAGCUGGCCUGUUAGACAUCCAGAUCUACUAAAGAAAGGGCUAGUCCUCAGCCUUGUGCAGAGCAACUUAAAAUGUUAGCACUUGAACUCAAAAAGAAUAAGAAUUGAAACCAGAAAUAUCCAGACAAUCCCACUUCCCUUUAUAGUGCUUGGAAUUUAGGAAAUCAAGUGGAUUUUAAGCUAACUUCAUGAUUUGUUGCAGUUUAUUUCCUGGUGCUUGAAUGCCUGUGACUACCCAGACAUGGGAGAUGACAGGUAGUGAUAGUUUUUGUUCACUGUGAAGCAAAAGGGGUAACUUCAGUGGGUUUUCUAUUGAGCUCUAUGUAUCCAAACAACAAAUGCAUAGAAACACUGGUAUUUAAAUUUGAAAUCCUGGUGGGGAAGCAGCCCUCCCCAGGGUACUUAUCUGUAGAUUAACAAUUUCUUCACAUUUUAUAUUCUCUUCCUUUUUUUUUCCCCCCAUUUAUUCUUUAGGAAGUACAGUCCUCAGAAUGACUGGGAAUUUCUUUGAGAUGUUGUUAAUACCAGAUGCAAAUACACGUGUAAAAACUCAGGGCUGAAUCGCUGAUAUUUCUUUUGUGAGCCUCUGGGUCCAAUGUCCAAUAGGUGUCAGGAACAGACUCUGGAAUUCAUAGAAUCAUUGAAUCAACCAGGUUGGAAAAGGCCCUUAGGGUCAUCAAGUCCAACUAUUCCCCUAGCACAGCUAAAGGCCACCACUAACCCAUGUCACUGAGGGCCUCGUCUACAUGGUGUGUGAACACUUCCAGGCACAGUGACUCCAACACUGCCCUGGGCAGCCUGUUUCAAUGCCUGAGCACCCUUUGGGGAAGGAAUUGUUCCUCAUCUCCAUCUAAACCUCCCCUACUGCAGCUUGAGGCCAUUUCCUCUUGUCCUGUCACUUGUUCCUUGGGAGCAGAGACCAGUCUCCUCCUGGCUCUGUCUUCCUGUCAGGCAGUUGUAGAGAGGGAUAAGGUCCCCCCUGAGCCUUCCCUUCUCCAGACUCUAAAGACCCGGAGUUCCCUCAGCCAUUCCUCAUCACACUUGUGCUCCAGGCCCUUCAUCAGCUCCACUGCCCUCUCUGGAUCCGCUCCAACAAGUGUGUUUCUGGGUGAUCCCUGCAGCACCUUUGUUUUUUGAGUUGAAGUGGAAGAAGUGCCAUUGUUUAGUACCUAGUUGCAGGGAGAAACCUGUCUAGCUCCAAAUGGGAACUUCUUCUUUUAACAGGCACACUGAAAUGGAGGGGAUAUGAAAUGCCAAGACUUUGUCUGUUUGGGGUAAAUAAUGCUCCUUCCAGCUUUGAUAGCUGUAAGGAGGCAACAUGUUUCUGUGGAAUGUGUACAACUCUGUAGUGAAAAUGUGGAAUUGUUCUCACACUGAGAUUUGGAGUAAAGAAGUGUAACAAGGUUGAAAUUCCCCACUGGCACAGUUCUGGGCAUGCUGGGAUCUACCAGUCCAGGACCAGGAGCAGAAUUUGGCCUGUGAGGUAGGGGAGGUGCCCUGGGUGUACUGGCACAGUACAGUGUACUUCAGCAUCAGGAGCAUGCAGGAAGACCCACCAUAGUUAUUGAGUACAGAUGAGUGGAACAGCCUGUGUUGGAUCUUGGGGUAACGUGGCCAUUCACUUGUGGAAGAAGCUGUGAGCACAGACUAGCUCGUGCGAGGACCAUGCUGUAUCCCCUUGAUGUGCCUGUGUGAACAACAAGCAGGGCUUCUAAGAAGAGGUAUUCUCUUUCUUCCCCUUAGCAGAAAUUCUCCAAGGUUGUGCUAAUACAGUUCUUUGGUUUUAUUUAGCUGGGUGGCUUUGAAAAAGAGUCUUUUUAGCAAGGUGGUUUUAUUUAUUGCUACUCUUUGGGUUGUUCCUGUAGGUCCCCUUUGAGACAGGCAGAUCUGUAGUGCUCUACAGCAUAGGUGCUCAGUGGGCAAAAAGGAGAGUCACUCUCGAGAACAAUCCUUAUGUAACUCCUGUGACACAUGGACCAAAGCCAGCAAAAACUUGGGGUUAGGGAAGGGAGCAGGGGACAAAGGUAACAAAAUAACUGCAGUUUAGUAAGAUGACAAAGUUGAGACACCACAAUUAAUGGAUGAAAUGGGAAUGCUUCCUCAAAACACGUGCUGUAGUUCCUACUGCUCUAUUUCUCUUGCCACCUUCCUCCCCAGUUCUUAUAGCAGCUGAGACUUGGUCAGAGAAGACAUCCUCAAUGGAACACUGCCUAUCAUUGCUGUUUUGUCUCUUUACUGUGUCCUCUUAUCCUGUUCUCAUGUAGUAGUAACACACAAGAUGCUGAUUCUGGAAUGACUUGACAGAGGCUGCCCUGUCUGUUUUACCAGUAAACUAUCACUGAUGAGCAAGGGACUAAAGUGAUUGCAUUGAUCAAGUUGUACUAACACUUGCAGUUGAUAGCAUAAAUCAGUAGGUUUUACUUGUCUGGUUAUCAGAUUUACAUGUUUCAUAGAAUUAUAGAAUGGUUUGGGUUAGAAGAGACCUUAAAGAUCAUUUAGUUCCAACCCCCUGCUAUGGACUUCCUAUAAUAGGGAAAUAGGGUUUCCUAUUAUAAACUUUCAUACGUAGAUUGCCGAGCAGCACAUGAAAUAACUUAUUUUAGUCCACUGUCUUGGACCUCAUAGAGUGUAAGUCCGUCAAGAACAGACUGAAAGCCCUUGAUUUAAAACAAAUGCGCCUUCAGAGUAAGGUCUCUAACCCUCACAGAGUGGAUUAAUUCAUGGAAAUGUUUUUUUAAUGAAGGUGCUAUUUUACAGGAAGGGAAGUAUAUUUUUCCAGUAAUUUAAUUAUCAAGAUGUUUUUAGAGAAAAUGAGCCCUUGCCGCUACUAAUGAGUAAGGCAGCUGAGAUUCCUCUAUACCUAUGACCUAAAUUAAUAUCCAGCUUUUCAAAGGUUUAUGGCAGUAACAGUGUGCAAAGACUUUCUGUAACUUGUAGAAGGAUUGGAGUAAGUUGUUUGGGCCUGACAGACUGUGAAGAAGCUGUAAACAUGUUGGUGGUGAACAAAACCCAUAAUUAUUUGUAAUAAGAGAAACUGUUCUGCUUCUGAAAUUGUUGCUAUCAAAACCCCUAUAUGGUAUGGAUGCCACAUGCGACUAAGGCUAUCAAUCUUUCAUAUGGUUGAUGCCUAUAAAACAUCUGUAAAAAUAGAGAGACUUUCUGGUGAUGAUAUCCUGAACACAAUCCCGCACAGCACCAGCCAUAAGAUUGCAGGUAACUCACAGUCUUUAGCUCUUCCCCUUCCCCUUCGUCUUGCCUGCUUGCCUUUCUGUGUUUUACUGUGGAAGCCAGCAUCAUGCACAUAUUGGUAGUGAAAUCAUUUUAUACUCUUUUUGUGUUUUCAUGUUUUGAUUAGUAUGGCUUAAAUCCAUGAUUCUGGGGUCUCUUGUUUUUUGUUACCAUUGCUGUUCAGUUGAAUGGGUCAGUCUGUCCAGAGGAAGUACAAUACUCUUCCUGUUUCAUAAAAUCUUCAACCUUACAGCUCCUUUCCAGUUUGUAGUAACUUCAUGUAUUUCUGCCUUCUGUCGUCUUCUGCUUGCAGUUCCAAAAUGGUUUCCAAGAAGAUCAGAUGAAUAUUGCUGCUCUUUAUUGUCUGUCCAACUCUCCUAACAUUGUCUAUUGUCUGAAGCACAUAGAAAUUUCAUCUAGAGGAAUGUGCCAGAAUGCAUAUUGUCAGAGACAUUGUUCCAGUACUCAGAAAUAGACUCUAAUACGCCAUUCAAGACUGCUAUAGCAUAAAGCCUGGGGCAGAGAUAAAGAGAUCCUCAUCUAAGACACUUGGAGGAAAAGAAAGAAAGAAACAAACUUGGGGGGG